AUGGCGGCUCGGAGACAGAAAGCGGGAACAGUUUCUUCAAGUUUGGAAGCCACUUCCGACUCCACAAGCCAUGUAGAUGUUGAUCUGUAAGCAGUUUUGGGUUUUGAUGUUUAUUAUUCUCUCGUUUCGCACGCUGAUCUAAAUCUUCAGCGGUAACGUUGUUACGAUUACUGAUUUGAGACCAAACUCUUUGGGUAUCGAUUUCCACCAGUGCCUUGACGUCGAGGAAAUCAACCUCGUUUCCUUCUCUCCUGAAAUGCAAAUCAUUUUACAAAGUAGAUUUUAGGAUUUAAAUAUGUAGAUGCGAAUCAAAACAGAGCCUAAAGGGAUAUCACCAACUUCCCAGGUGCUGUCGCCAAGUUUCUUGGGAUAAACUCUUGAGCUGCAUUACUAUCAGCGCCAGAAACAGGCUUAGGCACAUGGACUAAGGGCCGAGGAAGUUUGGACUAAUUCAAGCAUUUCUGUCGUGGCUUAUGCCCUCCGUCCUCCUACAAUAUUUGAAAGAUUCCUCUUUUGAAAUGAUUCCCUGUUCAAAUCUAAAAUGCUCCUGUGGUCAACUUAUUGUAAAACAGUGUAGCAUUCGAGAGACAUAUAAACGACCUGUGAGAUAUGCGUUUGUUUUCCAGAACUAAAAACUAUCCCCCAGGAAAGCGAGGAAGAUUGAAUUAGUAGGUCAUAAGCCAAGGCCUAUUCUUGAAUGUUUAGCUUAGCAGCUAAAUUUGUUUCUUGAUAAUAUCAAUCAAUUCUUUUUAAAAAAAAAAAUUCUAUACUCCUCUAAUCCAUUUCAAAUAUCUUGUAUCAAUACUUAAAAAAGAAGAAAUUGGAACCUAAAAGACGAAACAAAACAAAAAGAGUCCUGUCUGGUAUAGCCUCUAACCUUGAAGUAUUUGAAUUGUUAAAGGGGGCUUUGAUUCUUCUUUGUGUCAUACCCUUAAGAAAAUUAAUGUUUUACAUCUUUAUUCACACCACAUCUAAGUCCAAAAUUUGCCAUCUUUGUGAUAUAACUCAAGUUUUAAAUUCUCACAAUUUUGGUCAAUUUCAUAUUUCAGUAUACAAAAUGUCAGCAAAUUUUCUUCCUUGUUAGAGGUUUUGGCUCUCAAUCCAUUAAACUCCCAAGAUGUGCUUGUUAAUUCUCCUCUCUAGCUGAUACACAUUUCCUCAUUAGUUAGUUACAAGAAUUUGGUGUUAGAUCAAGAUUACUACUUCUUCCUGAUAAGUCUGAGUAUUCUCAUUACCUGUUUGCUGGAUUAUGUAUGAGUCUCAUAGGGAGAAGUUGCAAGUAAAUCACUUCAGGGAGUUAAAGGGUUAAUAAUGAGUCUUACCACUGGAUCAGAGACAAUUAUUUUGUGAGAGUAAAAUCUAACAAAGAGCAAAUAUUGGAAAUGUCAUGUUUACAAUAAUCACCUAUGGUAACAUUUUUUUUUCUGUCAUUUAUAAUUGAAUCAAAUUCACUUUAUGGUUACAUUCUCAUACAGUAUAGCUUCAGUGUACUUGUAAUGAUAAUAAUUUUUAUACUUAUAAUAAUAAUAAUAAUAAUAAUUAUAAAAGGAGUAACAUCAUUAAUUGACUACUCACCUAAUAGGACUUUUCAGGGCUAGUAAAAAUAAAAUGAAACAAAUAUUGCCAAUGAUCAAAGUGUUUAACCCUUCAUACCCUAAUAUCAGUAUGUACAUUCUCCAUACUGUUCUCUAUACCUUUCUAAGGUGCUAAAAAGGAGAAUUUUUUAACAAUCAAGAGCUUUUUUAGUGGAAAAUCAUUUCCUAAUUAUACACGUGACCCUCAUUUGAGAUUUAGGGGUGAUACUCUAUGCCUCUCCUAAGAUGCUGACAAGGAGAAUUUUUUAACCAUCAAGAGCUUUUUUAGUGGGAAAUAAUUUCCUAAAUAUACUUUUGACCUUUAUUUCAGACCCAGGGGUGAUACUCUAUAGCUCUCCUAAGGUGCUGACAUGGAGGAUUUUUUAACAACCAAGACCUCUUUUAGUGGGAAAUCAUUUCCUAAAUAUACUUGUGACCUUAAUCUCAGAUUCAGGGGUGAUACUCUAUAGCUCUCUGAAGAUGCUGACAAAGAGAAUUUUUUAACCAUCAAGAGCUUUUUUAGUGGAAAAUAAUUUCCUAAAUAAUUAUACUUGUGACCUUAAUUUCAGAUUCAGGGGUGAUACUGUAUAGCUCUCUUAAGGUGCUGAUAAAAAGAAUUUUUUUAACAAUCAAGAGCUUUUUCAGUUGGGAAUCAUUUCCUAAAUAUACUUGUGACCUCUGAUGGUGAUACUCUAAACCUCUCUUAAGGUGCUGACAAGGGGAAUAUUUUAACAAUCAAGAGCUUUUUUAGUGGGAAAUCCUUUCCAGAAUAUACAUGCAACCUUAAUUUGAGAUUCAGGGCUGAUAUUAUAAGGAAAGUUAAAAGAUUAUCACUCUUAGGGGUGAAAUGGUUACUAAUUCAAACUUGCCGAAGGCAGACCAGUUGGUUAUAUACAAAGCAAAGACAAGGAGCUGAACUCAGGGCAACUGAGAUCAAAAUAAAUCCAGUGAGUAACAGGGUAGAGGGCUUGGACACAUGAGGCCAGAUCACAAGCCUAGUGCUGCAACCACUUGGUCACACUGCCUCCACAACUUUUAAUUUGUCAAUGUGUAACUUUGCCUUUUAGAACAAAGAAACUUUCACAACCAGAUAAGUCUGUGUGGUGUCCAAGACCGUAUACAAUCUUCAAACUGCUACUGUCAGCAAGAUUCUGUUCAGCAUUUCUGAGUAACAUAUCAGACUGUGAUGAGACCUUCAACUACUGGGAACCUGUGAGUAAUAGUGAAGCUUUAUUCUUUGGUCACUGGUAUUAACCCUUUAACUCCCAAGAUCAGAUUGUAAAUUCUCCCCUGUAUCUGACACACAAUUCCAUGUAAAUAAGUUAUGAGAAUUUGGUGUUAGAUCAAGAUAACAACUUCUUCCUGAUAAGUUUGAGUAUUCUUAUUACCUGGUGGCUGGCUAAUGUAGGGAUAUUAUUGGGGGAAGGUACAGGUUAAUCACUUCAGGGAGUUAAAGGGUCAAAUACAACAUGUAUGUAUGAAGGGAGUAAGUUUCUAAAGAAACUGUGGUGCUGUGUGAAUGGGGGGUGUAACAAGAUUGUUUGGUUUCAUCAAUAGGGUUAAUAAUGUAAAUUAAAGCUAGUGUUCUAGGGAUUAGGUCUUUAACAGAGUAAAAAUCAAGGACAAAGGAGUAACACUUGAUAUGUCAGCUUUAGAAACUCUUUAAGGCAACCAAUUCAUGUCGUGAAUUCAGUUGAUUAAACCAAAUUGUCUUGUAUGUAUGUAUUCUUUAUUGAUCACUCCCCAAAUGGGGUUUUUCAGAGUCAAUAAGAACGAAUCAUUUUGAAUAAAUGUAGUGUUUCACCCUUUCACUCCCAAGAUCUCAUCAAUAAUUCUCCUUACUGUCUGCCAUACAAUUCGUAUAAUGUUAGUUCUGAGAAUUUGGUAUUGAGUCAACUAAUAGUCCCCUAACUGAUAUUUUUCUUGAUUCUCAUCACUUUUCUGUUUGAUAUUGUAUUGAUUUGGUGAUGAGAAAUUCUUUCUUGGUCACUCAUGGCAGUUAAAGGGUUAAAAACCUCAGUCAGUUGGUUGGAGGCAGACAAGUGACAUGUAGCUUCAUUCAAAGCUACAAGCAAGGAGUUGAACUCAGGACAACUGAGACCAAAUCCAGUGAGAAGCAGAGUGAAGGGCCUGAAUUCAGGACCUCUAGAUUACAAGCCCAUUCUCUUUAUUAUGAUAUUUCUGAGCUUUCGAUGUGGGACAAAUUGCCCAAUUUUUCAUAACUGAUUUCAAACAAGGAAAGCAUUGAGCUGUAUCUGUGGGCAAGUGAAACAACUGGUUGGUUGCUGGUACUAGCAACAUGGUGAUAAAGAUUGUUGAAUAUAUUGCUAUAACAAAUUUUGGAAAGGGGAUGUUUAGAGCAUCAAUUAAAUAUCAGAUUUUCAAAAUUUGUCUAUGUCGUUUUCCUACCUAUUUUAUUUUCUAAUUGAUAACCAACCAGUGCUUUCAAACCACAUUCAUUUGCAAAAUUCACAGACAUAUUUUACUCUUGCAUUGUGUUAUUUGUAAUUUGUCUAUUGCCUCGCUUCCACUUAAACCAAUGAAUUGAAUAAUAUUUUAUUUCUAUUAAAAGUAUGUAUGUUGAUGAAAUAUUCUCCAGGUGUGAUGGUUCUUGGUGUUUUGUCAUAAAUUAAUUAAUACUCCAAAAUGUACUUGCAAUUUGACAUCAACAACAAUCAAAUUUAAUGACACAUACAGGAAAUCAUACAGGAUUGCUGUUUUUCAAAUGUAAAUUGCUUUCAAUUGUUAUCAUGCUAACUAGGUACUGGUCUCUAUCACAAUAAGGUCACCUUCACCUCGCUCAAUCCAAAUCAAAGUCUUAGCAAUAAGUACACAACUGUAAAAUGGCCUAUUGUUACAAUCUUGCUUGUUUUACUAACAUUCAUCAUUGAUGGUUGUUUUAGAUGCACUUUCUGAUGUUUGGUUCUGGUUUUCAAACCUGGGAAUAUUCACCAAAGUAUGCCAUUAGGUCCUAUGCUUAUCUGUUGUUACACACUGUUCCUGGGAAACUACAGAUCCAAGUGUUUGAAGCAAACAAGGUAAGUUUUCUUUCAGUGCAGCAUUUUUGAUAUGCUUUUAAAUGAGCCAGGAAAACUGUCAGUGACAGUGUUGGUACUUGAGGUUCAGGCAUGUUGGAAGACUUCUCAGAUUGAAAAAGAAAGACAGAAAAAGUGUUGUUCAGUGCAUGAAAAAGCAACAAUCACUGGCUGGGUUUUUUUGCUAGUGAUAACUUGGUAAAGCAUGACAGUUAUGGUAAUGUACUUCUGUGGUUAAGCACUUACAAUUGUUUGAUUUUUAAGCUACCUACCUUGAAAUUUCAGCUGGCAGCUUAAUUUCUUAACUUCAACCCUGGUGGUUUGGUUUUGUUCAUUUUUUUUUGUUAUCUCUCUGUCUUUUUUUCCUUUUUUAUUUUAUUAUAAUUUUUUUUUUCAACCAAAUGCCAUCCUACAAUUACAAGCUUUUGUCACUGAAAGUUUUCACCACCAAUUUGCACUGGAGCUUUUAAGACCUAAACCUCAAAUUUUAUGCUUUUCAUUUGCAAAAUUUUGACAGUAGGUCACCAUGUCUCCCUCAUCCUUAGAAAAAUGUGGGGGAUAGGAAUAUUUAUUCACAUGAAAUUGUGUUUUUUAUCAUUUCUACACUGUUUAGCUGCUGGUGUUUUAUUUUCUACGAUUUGCUCUUUCAAUAUUCUGCGCAGCUUGUGAGACGUAUUUCUACAGGUAUGAAACCAUUUUAGAUUCUGUUAACCCAUUUUACUCCCAAGAUGUCAUUAGUCAUUCUCCUUACUGUCUGCUAUACAAUUUCUACAUACAGUUAGUUUGGAGAAUUUGGUAAUGGAUCAACUAAUAAUCUCCUCAUUGAUAUUUUUCUUUAUUCUCAUCACUUGUCUGCUUGAUGUUGUAUUCAUUUGAUACUGUAAGGAGAAAUUCUGUCUUGGUCACUCUUGGGAGUUAGAGAGUUAAUACUCUUAAUAUUCAUAAGCUCAACUUGAUUAGUUGAUUGUAUCAGCAUUUGCUGAGAUGAGCCAUUCAUAUGGCACAUGUUGUUGAUGUUGAAACCCUGCUCAUGGCACUCGAAGAAAUUUGCAGUCAAAGCAACAGGUAUAUUUGGAGAUCUUCCCCUAUCGCUUUGAUAAGCUUAUUAAAUCACCUAGUGUGUCUAGGGCUCUAUACAUAAAUUUACAAUUGGCCAGACUCCUUAGCUUGUUGGCUCCUGGACUCCUUACAGUGCACAUAAAGAAAGUAAAACUAUCAUCUGGAGCAUAAGACAUGAAAAAAGUUGACAUGAGCUUCUUGGAAAUAAACUUAUGAACUCUUCAAUCCCAGAGAGUUACUUAAAUUAAAAUUUCUCCAGCACAAGUAUAAAGGAAAUGAUUGCCAUUUAAAGAAGCCCUUGAUUGUCAAACAAAUUCUGCUUGUCAGUUCCAUAGGAAAUGUACAGAGAGCAGUAUGGAGAAUAUGUAUACUGAUGUUUGGGUGUGAGAGGUCAAGGGUUAUAAAUUAGAGUGAAGAGGCAAAUGAAGGCUUAACCUUUUAACUCCUAGAAGUGAUUGAAAUCUAACUUCUCCUUUUCAUAUUCAUACAUUAUGCAGCAAACAGGUAAUGAGAAUACUCAAACUUAUCAUGUAGACAUCGUUGUCUUGAUCAAAUACCAAAUUCUCAUAACUAAUUUACAAGGAAGUCUGCAGCAGCUAUAGGAGAGAGGGGAGCAGCUAGAAGGGAGAAUUAAAAAUCAGACCUUGGGAUUUUAAGGGUUAAACAAUGAUUCACACUUAAACUUGCUAAUGCCUUUUCACUUUUUAUCAAGUGUGGCCAGUUUUCAUUUUGAUGGUCACAUUUAACGCAAUUCUCUUUUCUGUAUAAACAUUUAAUAAAAGUGUGAAAGUAAACUGCUUUGAAUUUAUCAGAAUUAAGGGUUUUCAUCAAUUUUUGAAGUUGAAUUGGUAGCACAAGUUUACCCCUUCAACUCCCAGAAGUGAUGGACGUGUAACUUCUCCCUAAAAUAUCCAAGCAUUACCCAGCAAACAUGUUAUAAGAAUAUCCAAGUUAUCAAGUAGAAGUUGUUAUUUACAUCUAACACCAAAUUCUUGUCACUAAUUUACAUGGAAAUGUGUAGCAGCUAGAGGGGAGAAUUAACAAUCAGAUCUUGGGAGUUAAAGGGUUACAUAAUCUGUAAAGGUAAAGGUGAAUUGGAAAUAACACUUAGUUGAUAGUAAUUGUGUAUUAAUGGUCCCUAUUUGUUUCAUGAUUUCAGUGGAAUAAUAAAACAAUUUGGGAAUCAUGUUGCAAGAAUAGCUGUUGUUUUUAUGAUUUUUAGUACUGGGAUGUUUAUAUCUGCAGCUGGUGAGUAUAAAUGCUGAUUAAAUGCUUUGAUUCAAAAUUUGGAAACCAGUGGUUUUUUUUUUUCACUUACAAGUUCAAAAAUAAAUCAUUUUGAUUUAAAACACUUUAAAUUAAAGCAUACCAGUACAUUUAAAUCAUCGCAGAUUGCUGGCAAUGAGUGAGAUCUCAACUGCAUAGUGGUCAAUUGUGUGAUGUUGCAGCCGAACCCAGAAUAUUGUGAAAAAAGAAAGACAGGCUGGUAUUCCUGUACUCUGAGUGUACAAGGAGGGGGUCCAUGUUACCUGUGCACUAUCAAUGGUCAUUAAACCUACUGACUGGUGUAACUGUUGCUCUGGAUGACAAUUUGCAUUGUUGAAAGUGUUUGAACUAGCUAAAAAAGGGAAUAAGGAGUAAAUUAUAUCUAGAAAGUUGACUAAGUUCAUAAGUUCUUAACUGAAGCAGGAGUUUGCUGUCUCAAAAUCAACAGUUUAAAUUACAUACCUGGAAUGCAUGAGAAAUAAUUACCUAUAGUUUCAGGGUGAGAGCAUAAGAUGAAUUUGUUUGCAUGAGUCUUGCACUCAAUGUGUAAGACUAAAGAGCUCUACCACUGAUGCUGUAAUUCUGGGUUAGUGCACUAGAAUCAAAUGUUAGUCUUUUGGGUCUUGAUCUGAACUGCUCCUUUACUACAUGUAGUCCUAAGAUAAAUUUUUUUUUUGUUCCUCGAAGCAUUCCUACCCAGUACGUUUGCUAUGUACAUGGUGAUUUUAUCUUAUGGAGGAUGGUUUUCAGGAAAUUAUGCUGUAAGUUAUUGAUCAGGAUACACAAUUUUUUUAUGAUAGCGUUUACAAAUAAUGUUUAGUUUGUUUUUUAUAGCUACUGAAUGUUUAUCACUCAAUAAGUGAAUUAUUGUUCAAUCAGGUACUGUUUAGACUGAAAUAAAUAUUUGUAUAAGAUAUAUGAUUUUUAAUAAGCCUCUUAUUUAAUCCAUAAAUCACUGAUAUUUUCCUCUCAACUGAAGUAUGAAUUUUUUGAUGACUUUCUGCUAUAUUAAAAUUUCUUGGACUUUAGACGAGGGUUUGUUUGAAAUGAUUUGUGAUAUAAUAGCUAUUUUACAGGACUGUACUUUGAGGGAGGGAGGUAAAGAUCUUAAACAUGGCAUCUAAUUAGGCCCAAAUUUAAAUUCAGUGUAAUAUUUGGUGCGUGAAUUUUACAGAAAGGCAAGAUGGGGUGAGAUUUAAAGUGUACUGUUUUAAAUUGUGACGCUUGAAAUGCUGCUAAUAUUACAGAUGAUGGGUGAAUUUUUUCUAAAAUUCAUGUAUUGAAUGGAAUCAGAACCUGCCUUUUCUACCCUUCAGAAGGAAGUGGGUUUAAUGGUUGGUUUGGUUCAUUGUUCUGCUCAGUGGUCAUACCCAGACAAAAUAAGGGUGUUUGAUUCCAUAGUGCAUGUAUUGUUACAAAGAUACACUAGUGAAAAAAAUAAAUAAUUCAUUUUGUGUAUAGCAAUGUAAGCUGUAGUUUGAAAGUAUUACCAGGCUUUAAAAAAUUUUGAGACAACAUGAUAUAGGGGCUAAAAAUGUCUUGUUAUACUGUAGUGCUUAAUCUAUUAUCUCCAUCAUAGGUGGCUGUCUUAGCAACAGCAGCUGGUUCCCUGAUUGGUUGGCCUUUUAGUGCAGUUCUUGGGUGGGUACUAAUGUUCAUGUAAUGGUAUUAAAAUGCUUAUUGACUGAGUUCAGUAGGGCAGGAAGGGGAAAACAUUUGGCUCAAGGUUAUGAUGUACAGACAAAGAGCAACAAGGUCCAUGCAUUGUGACUAAGGGCCAAAUAUUUUCCUGUUCAGCUCAACCGAAAUAAGCCAAUAAAUAUACAUAAUUUUUGGUUUGAAACUUACAAUUUCUCAAUUUCAUCGAAAAGAAAUUCACUGCAAGUCUGAGUUUCCUUGAAACUAUCAGUGAUAAGUUCAUAUUCAAAAUGCUCUGUUUUGAUUCUAUUGAUUUAUUUUUUCUUGUAUUGUUUCAGAGUUCCUAUCGCAUGGGACAUCAUAGUACGACAAAGAAAAAUAAUGUAUUUUAUACAAUUAUGCCUUAUAUCACUUAUAGUAUUUCUGGUGAGUACCGCAAAGAUAUCUUAUGCACAUAUUUACUGUUAUGUUUAUUUGUUAAAUGUGAUCAAAAUUCAGUGUUCAAUAUAGACUCUAGUUUUUCCCUUGAGCACAUGUACAGUGUAUGUCAAUGUACCUAUGUAUGUUCAUGUUAAAAAAUUUUCUCACAAGUAAAGAAAUGAUAUAAAGCAAACCAAUCAAAAGUUUCUGUACUUUAAUAAAAUGCUUUAAUUAGCAUAUUUUAAUAUUUACUUUUCAACGUAUUGCAUUGUACAGACUUGCAAUACAUCAACUGUGUUAGUUUUGAGUAUUUUGAAUUGUAUGAGUCAUCACUUUAUAUCUCCUUCUUGCCAAAUUUGAUGUCUGUAUUGUAAGUGAUGGACCAAAUUUUUUGCACCAGGAUGGGUGCAAAAAUGGCCCAAGUGCAAAGUGCUUGAGCCAUAACUUGCAUGUUCCAUCACUUACAGUAUUGACCAAAAAAACAAGGUUAGUAAAGAUGUGUAUUAUAUCUAUUGGUUCAAAUAAGAGGCAGAACAUUUUAAUUUGAAAAAACUUUUGAAUUUAGCGGGCCGUACAGUUAAAUAUGCCCCACUAAAUUGACCAAUCAUAGUGCAUGUACUAAUGGAGAGAUAUAAUAAAUUAUGUUAUGGUCUGCUCACGUGUCUGUGAGUUGUGUAGGUUGAAAAAUGAGAGGGCUCUCAUUUCUCAUGCCAAACACUCUAACUCUUGGGAGAAGCUGGCCAUAGCUGCAGAUGCUCAAGCAGGGGUCUUUUUGUAUUGGAUGACUAUACUAUAGUACACUGUGACAUUUGAUUGAAACUUUUUAAUAUGGUACUAAUGUUUAUUUCUUUAUUUAUUCUUCAUUUAGGGACCAUUAGUGUAUAUUGAUUCCUUUUUCUAUGGCAAAACUGUGAUUGCCCCCCUAGGUAUUGUGCUGUACAAUGUAUUUGGCAAAGGUGGCCCAAGCCUCUAUGGUAAGGUUUGAUAGAUGGCAUUGUGUGCAAAGUAAAAGUGCAAUGAUCUUUGUAACCUGAAUGUGUCUGGAAGAGUAUGGAUGGGAAGAGAGUAAUUUCUGUAAUGUGUCUUGCUCACUGAUUGGCAAAAUUGAGUUAUAGUUGUAAUUGUGGUUUUUCCUGAAAUAUAUACAUACAUUGGAAUGUGUAUUUAGCAGCGCUGUAUUAGUUGUCAUCUGGUAUUAAGCAGUUGGUUUUCAAAAUUCCGAAAUUGUCACCCCUUAUUUACUGUAAUUUUCACCUCUUUAAAGUGAUCAUGGUCACCUUUUGCUGAGUCCUAGUGGCCUGUUUGCAUUGUUCUCCACUGGUAUUGACUAUUCUUAAAACUAAGCAUAAUAUUUCAAGUAAACUUAAAUACAUUUUUUUCCCCCAAAAUCAAUGUUAGUAGUACUUUUUGAGCAAGUUUGUGUGCAUUUAGUUGUCAAUUAUGACAUGAAAUAGCCGUUUUUAACCUUUAAAUUCCCAGACCAAUUUGUAAUUCUCCUUACUGUCAACCAACAGUUCUUAUAAUAUUAGUUCAGAGAAUUUAGUAUUGGAUCAACUAAUUAUUGCCAAAUUGAUAUUUUUCUCUAUUCUCAUCACUUAUCUGGUUGACAUUGUAUUGAUAUUGUAAGGAGAAAUUCAGUCUUCAUCACUCAUGGGAGUUAAAGGGUUAACAUACCCUACUCUGUGAGACCUGUAUUAAGCGGUCUCCGUGCCAUUUCCUGUGGGUCAUCCAUCAAUACAUGUUCAACAUAAAUGGUUAAGUUUGUUAAAAGGAGCCAGGUAACAGUGCUUUAAAUACUGUCUGCCUGGCAAAAAUGUUGGUACUUUACACCCUGAGAUCAGUAUGCAUUUUCUCCACUCUGUACUCUAUACGUGUCCUAAGGUGCAGACAUGAAGAAUUUGUUGAACAGUCCAGAGCUUCUUUACCUGGUGAUCAUUCCCUUAAUUCUCAUGACAUUAAUGUGUGAUUCAGAGGCGAUAUUGUAGGGAGAAAUUAGAUGCUGGUCACUCUUUGGGGCCAAAGGGUUAAUACAGAGUAGGAAAUCUGCCGCGAAUUUUCUUCACCUUGGGCUUAGUCUAAAUUUACAUGCGAAUUUAGAAAGCUCUUAUUUUCUUUUGUUACCCAAAAGCGCAAACAUUUUCUUGGUCUGAGUGAAGAAAAAAGAGAGAGGAAGACGGUUUUGUGUCAAGGUCACCCAUAAUUUAGAAAAUGAGAAGGAGAAAGAGAAAAUUGUAGACUAACCUUUGCAAGGAUAAAUCCGCCUGUACAUUUUCACAAAUAUUUUUUUGUUUAGAGAGAUGACGUGGCAUAUGUUACUUUUAUUUUACAGGCGUUGAGCCGUGGUCGUUUUACUUCUUAAAUGGGUUUUUGAACUUCAACAUUGUAUUUCCUAUGGCGCUGCUCGCUUUACCUGCCUGUGUAAGUACUUGAAUGGUCAAAAAGACCUUAUUGAUAAUAUUGAUAGCUGCAUGCGUGAAAGCGUGAAAUAAAUUUUACUUGACAUUUAAUCAUUUUGAAAGUUCAUGCACGCUUUGUGCGGCUGAGAAAGUUUGAACGAGCAACAAUAAUGCAGCUGUGAUAGCAGCAAAACUUUUCUACAGUUGUAUGAUGCACAUGCAGUGUGAGUCACAAUUUUGGUGUCUGCUUGCCGCAAAAUUUCCUGCAAAUGGAAAAGGAUUUCACCAACGUAUGGUGCAGUGGUUUAUUUAACUUGAGUGGAAUAUCUAGCAUUGCACAGGAAAGGUUGGAUCAAUGUUAGUACCUACCCCUACCCUAACCCAACAUGAACAUUGUUGAGGUAAGGAAGGGGUAAAGGUGCAGUUGUUAAGAUACUGACAUUGAUCGAAAAUGCUUUUUCCUUGGAUCUUAGAGGUUUCUCAAUCCGUCUCUAAAGAUUAACAAACAGUAAUUUGUUCUUAUUGUCGUUGGCAAAAUCUGAGACCAUGCUAGGGGAACAUGAAAAUGAUACUGUCACGACCCUUGUGUGUUUUGAUGCUCACAUUAAUUGUGUGUUAAACGUGAUUUAUUAACCAGAUAAUAAUCUAUGUUUGACAGGUCUUUAUUAAACUGGUGAUGACUGGGAAAUCACAGGAAAAGAAAUGUAUAUGAACAAAAGUUGUUUUUAAAAUAAGAUUUUAGAUCAUCGCUAUAUGACAUAAACCAUAAUGAUAGACUUCAGGGUAUCAUAGUAUGGUGCAAAAGUUAUGCCCGAAACGAAACUUUUGGCGACAUCUCCGCGAAUUUUCGAGGCAACUAUUGUUUGGAUCCGUCUGAACUUUCGCGUAAUAAUUCACUGGGGAUGUUAGUAAGUUCCGAAAUUUAGAGAAAGUUUGCGUUUCUCAAAAGAUUCGCGGGGAACAUUUCAGUGAUAACGCCCAAUUUGUCAAGGGAAGCUACUUCGUAACGAAACACAUGUAAUUUCGCGCUGUGAUUCCUGUAUCCAAGGAAACUGCAAUCAUAGCAACCUUGGUAUUCCCAUCGUCUCAGUGUUUUCUGUCUUAUUAGAGUCCCUUUUUUGCAAUGAUUAACUGGAAAAUUCUCCCUAACCUCUUAUAACAUUAUGUUACUCUAAAUUACGAGAAUUUAGUGAUGCAUCAGAACUGACGGAUUUCCCUUCUUUUUUAGUUCCGUCGUCAGUGUUACCAAUUUGGCUUUCACUUAUGGGGAUGUACAUUUGGAUUCUAAUUUUCUUCACAAGACCUCAUAAGGUAUUGGGACUAGAUUACUCAUUAAUGUUUGGGAAUAUGUACGCGGUAAAUAAAAUUUGAAUGAAAACAAAGCAAUUUCAUUCGGACUUCGCGCAAUCCUCCUUUCCGCCGAAGCCUUCGCGCAAGUAAAAAAAAACUGCGCCGUUCUGCAUGGCGUGCUAACAUCAAUUCAUCUCCAUUUUCUUAAUUUACGCGACGAACUUCGCCGAUAAGGGAGGAAUUGUUCGUUGUCUAAGUUGAAUUACAAACUGACAUUAAUCACUUACCCAACUGGAAACGUGUUUUCAAACGUACAAAGCGGAAAAUUAGUUACAAUUCACAGGUUUGUCGUGAGCAGGAAAUUAUGUUGUAAUCACUGUCUGCAAAAUCGACUGUGUAAUGAUGUGGUUCUUAAUAGGAGAUUUAGACAUUUGCUCCUCUUUCCUUGUUAAAUGUAAAUAGUAUUUGUAACUAAUUCGUAACAAAAAAUGAUGAUUUAGAUAUGUCUGCGUUUUUGUCGUAAUAGGAGGAAAGAUUUCUGUUUCCAAUCUAUCCGUUCUUUUGUUUAUUCGGAGCUGUAACGCUUACCAACUCACAGGUAAGUACAUUAAAACUUUUUUUUCAAACUCAUAUUAAAGCCAAGGAAAAAAGUAACUUGUUCUCCAGCUAGCUUGCGGUCUAAUUAUUUUUGUCUGUUGAAAUUUAUAUUUCCCUUUCCACGUGUAAAAGCUCCUUUCAGUAUCAGUCACUACUGUGCUGAAAACAGUAUUUAUCUGUAAGCCACAUCAGGAAAGGGUCAGGGAAACUCGUUUCUGAGUCUCCAAAGAUGAUACUUCGUUUCUAUUUAUUUUCUUUUCAUUGGAAAGGACGCCUGCAAGAGGAGAACAAACGCAACUAAUUUUCUCAAAUGUUUUUACGUAUUCAGCCAGUGGAAUGUGUUUUGUGGAAUGUGUGUUGGUUAGGCCUUAAAAAAGGUCUGAGGUAACCAUUUCAAUGACGCAAGGCAGCGUCUUCGUCAUGCAUUUUUUUUGUAUCUUUUACAGAAAUUAUUCCAUGGGCUUUUCUUUAGCGGAAGCAGACAUCAUUACUCGGCUUCUUCCACAUGGUUUGCAGUCUCUGCUUGUGUAGUGUUCUCAGUUUUGUCUUUGUCAAGAUCAAGUGCUCUUUAUUAUGGUGAGAUCUCCUUCACUGACACAGUGUAAUUACAAAGUGCUAAUGGGCCAGUGUCGGAGGAACGAGUUGUUGAAUUGUUGUGUGACACUGGAAGAAGGCUUCGGACAAUCUAAGAUCCCUCUCUAUAUCCAUGAAAUGACUGUCAUCUACAGCUGUUCUUGGAAAAGUUGUCGGAAGAAAGCAUAGAAGUUCACGCAACAACACCGAAAGGUUUAGUGGGUAGUUUUUAGCUCACAACUCCAAGGCAAUGCUAAUUAAGAGAAAGGUCGGACGAGGCAUCGUAGGUUUGACUAAUUUAUAUAUUAGUUACUGACAACCCAGAUCACCUUUCGAGAUUGUCGCGUGCAAUUAUGUCCCCUUUUCCAACGAACUUUCUCGAUUUAUCGCCGUCUGCCAAUAUUGCCAAAAGCCGUCUUCGAAUGGAUAAUUGUUAUUCGGCGAGAGUAACUACAACAUCAAAAGCUUAUGCGGCACAACAUUUUACAAAACAGCAUCAGAGACCUAUUAUAUUCUGAAACAGAUUGAAGCUUUGGGUUUGAAAUGGCUUUACUUUUUUACUCUUCAAUUAUAUCUUGAACUUAUAUCACCAAGGUGACAGUGAAAUGUUAUCUUUGCAGGCAUAAAGCAAAUCAUUGUAUUGAAAAAAAAACCUAUUUUUCAUGCCAAAUCCAGGCAGUGAAUCAUAAUGUUUAGAAGUAUUUGCAAGGAUUUAGAAAUAAAUUUUUCUACAGUUGAGUCGCAAAAAUGCAUGUAUGUAGUUACAUGGGAUCGUUCUUCGAAAAAUUCCAAACAGAUACCGUAUCUGAAGAUUGUUCACUCUCUUUCUGGUUGUUUAGGUUACCACGCACCGAUGGACCUGUUUAUUGAGUUGAACCAUAUGUCGUCUAAACUUGAGGAGCCCCUUCCUCAGGGCAAACAAAUAAACCUGUGUGUUGGAAAGGAGUGGUACAGAUUUCCCAGCAGCUUUUUUUUACCCUCGGAAAGGUAAUUGUUGUUAUUAUGGGAGCUACUUCAAGUAGUCCAAUUUUGCUCGCAGUUAAAUGAAAUAAAGAAAAUUCUGAUGUGAGAAAUUGUUGAAAGGAAGCUUGGAACUCAGAAACACCACAAUACAAGUUUGGGUCUUCCGCCAUCUGAUGUACGGAGCCGCAUGAUAGGAACAAGGCUAAUUUUGGUGGGCUCUCUGUAGCUUUACAUGCGGAUGAUAAGCUGCAAUAAAUAAAUCAGCAGAAAGAACACCACAAGGAAUGCGAUCUGACAUCCCUGACUAAAAGGGGAAAAAGUUAGUGAAGUACUUUGCCCAAUCCUCACCCGGAGGGUUUUUCUAGAGCCCGACUACUUUGAGAUCUGUCAGCUUUGGCCCGUCACUCUGAGACUAAAGCGAAAGGAAUUAUUUCUUUUAUGAUAAAAUUCACAUCCGUUUUAUUUUGUCCUCGUCAUAGAUGGCAUCUACAGUUUAUUCGUUCCGAGUUUCGAGGUCAGUUACCAAAGCCUUAUGCUGACGGACGCAACGCUACAAAAAUUAUACCAACCCAUAUGAACGACAUGAAUGAAGAGGAGCCUUCAAGAUAUGUAAGUAUCUAGACACUAGGGCCCAGUUGUUCGUUAUUCGUCGCUCAGUUCUUCCUGGCCCAAAAUUUUUUCAUCGUGGGGAGAGUUGCCACGCAAAGUCCAUCUAGCUUGAAUUACCUUGUAUUGUGGACCUCUUAAAGUCGAUAGAUUCGCGUGGAUCAGUGCCUGCAACACGACGCACAACGUCUCAAUAGUUGAACUUUUGUGAAAAUAUUUUUUCCUGUGAUAGAAUUUUGUCCCCGAAAAAAUUCGCGUUAUUUCAAACUGUUUUGUACUCAUGCUGCGAUCACUGCGCUAAAAUGGGUUGAAGCGACUUGUUUUGGAAGGAGCACACAGCAGGUUGUUCGACACAGAGAUCUGUGGCAGCAACUUGUUAAAAAUCCUGGUGUGCCCAGGCCCUUCACUCUUUUUUGCUUUGAACUUUUGUAGAUGUCUAUCUCAAAAUGUGACUUCCUCGUGGAUUUAGAAACAGAAAGGGAAACUGAACUUGAACCAAACUAUGUGAAACGAACUAAGGACUGGGAAGUGGUGCUUCAGAAGCCAUUUCUGGAUGCAGAAAGGUAGGUAAUUGUUCAGUCGUACUGAAAAAAGAAAAGUAAAAACGUCUAUUUGUGUUGUCAGAUCUCGAACUUCGAUAAGCCCGUGAUUUGAGGUUGCUUAAAAACAUAAGUUGUUUGACGUUUUGACAUGCUUUAACCGCUUGCGGUAUCAACAGAGUCUGCGCCUUGGCCAACAAAGAGCCUGUAUUAGUAUCCUUUAAUUUGAUUCAUGUGGUUGAGAAAACAACUACUAAAAGCAACUUGGACCAAGAGUUUCCUUGCUUAUUUUGCAAUUUAUUUUUUCCACACUUCUCAGUAUGAUCGUUUGUGAAAUGUUGCUUUUAAUUGAAAAUGUGAUUGUCACUCCUCUCGUGUGUGAGGUCUGAUAGUCUAAAACUUUUCGGACCCAAAAUGCAAAUCGGAUGAUGUUAACCUACAAAGGUGGGCGAAGUUUUAUCUAAGUGGUCGUCCUAACUUGCAGCUCCACGGUUUCGUAGAUAACUGACAGUUUGUAAUUCAUAGCUUCACAUACCUGAAUAUAUUGUCGAUGGUAUCCUUGGAUGGAUGGAGACUUUUUAACAUGCUACCUAUUGUUGUAGCCUUCUGUGACUUCUUGACAUUUUCAAAAAAUUCCUUUCACUCUGAUAAUGUUUACCUGUUUAUAUUGAAAAUUGCUGAAAGUCAUAAGAGAGAAACCUGGCCCCGGUUGUUCGAAAGGUUGACAAAGCCAUCUAUUAGAUAGAUCUCUACCCGGUGGGUAGUGCAUGACGUUUCGUUAACACUUACCCAGUGGAUUGCGAUUCAUCCGUUGGAUUGCGUGAGUCGCCUUUUGAACAACUAAGCCCUGAUUAAAUAUUUUCCUAGCAAGCUUAAGCAGACCAGCUCCUGCCAAAACUUUUUCUCUCUGCAUGACCAAAGGUCUCCUCGGUAGAACAAGUUUCCUUGUCUCACACGACUCUGUUCUUUCUUUUCGCAGAUCUCACCGACUUUUCAGAGCAUUUUAUAUUCCCUUUGUCUCCUACCGCUUCACAAAAUAUUCAAACUACGUUUUGCUGAGAUCACUACGAAAGACCAGUGCGAAGGCAAAGAAAGGAAAAGAUAGAAAAGCUGUUGUCAAGGAAGAAGAUGCAACAGUUUAACUAGCACUGUAUUUAGGAAGAGACAUAGCUAUUGCCUAGCUUACAAAUGCAAGAAAUUUUCAACUAAUAUCGUCAUCACAGUUUCGUCUUCUGCCCUUACGUUUACCGGAAAGGUGGUCGUUUAAUUUCGUGUCGUAUUGUUUUCCUUUCGGGUAUCUUCAGACAAGAUCAUUUCGCGACGAACCUUCCUGAACAUGCUAAUGAACUUACGGCAGGCACGUUUUUCAUUAGGCCAUUUCCGAGAAACCCGAAGACUCCCUUUCAAAACGAGGAUAUAUGAUAAAACUGAUCUUGAAAUGAUCUGCUUU